AUGGUAAACGAAGAGGGGAACUUGGGCAGCAGCCCGCGCUUCUUCGGGAGCGGCGUAGACUUCAGCCAAUCAGAGCAGCGCAGGAAAGGUUACCAGUGCUCAGAGGAGAUCAGCCCCGAGGAUGACCAGAGAGCCAACCGCACGUUGUUCCUGGGCAACCUGGACAUCACCGUGAGCGAGUCAGAUUUACGCCGAGCUUUUGACCGUUUUGGGGUCAUUACUGAGGUGGACAUCAAAAGGCCGGGGCGCGGGCAGACCAGCACGUAUGGUUUUCUUAAAUUUGAAAAUCUGGACAUGGCGCACCGGGCCAAGCUGGCCAUGUCAGGAAAGGUGCUUCUGCGUAACCCCAUCAAGAUUGGGUAUGGGAAAGCCACUCCGACUACCAGGCUCUGGGUGGGUGGCCUUGGGCCCUGGGUGCCCCUCGCUGCCCUGGCCAGGGAGUUUGAUCGGUUUGGCACCAUUCGCACUAUCGAUUACCGCAAAGGUGAUUCCUGGGCCUAUAUCCAGUACGAGAGCUUGGACGCGGCGCAGGCUGCGUGCACCCACAUGCGUGGUUUUCCCUUGGGUGGGCCAGAUCGCCGCCUCCGCGUAGACUUUGCUGACACGGAGCAUCGGUACCAGCAGCCCUACCUGCAACCUCUGCCCUUGCCACCCCCUGCUCAUUACGAGCUCGUGGCGGAGGCGGCUGCUUUUGGGGCUCACCGGGGAGCCCCACCUGAUCCUCUUCGGGGGGCCCGGGACAGGACGCCACCGUUACUCUAUAGAGACCGCGACAGAGACCUUUAUCCUGAGACAGAGUGGGUGCCCCCCCCACCCCCUGUACGGGAUGGGAGUAAUCGGGCCGCUGCCUAUGACCCACUGGAAAGCCUGGAGCGCCGCCGGGAUGGUUGGUCCUUGGAGCGGGACCGAGGGGAGAGGGAAUUGGGCAGUAGUAGUAGGGAUCAGCCUAGGAAACGGAGACUGGCGGAGGAUGGAGGCCGGCACUUGGACCGCUCUCCGGACAGCGAGCGCUCUUCUUCCUCCCGUAAGCGUCACUGUUUAGCCACAACCUCUCCCCCGGACCGCAGCCCUGAGCUCCUUGGAGGGCGGGAGCGUUACAGUAGUGACCCCGAGCGCUCCUCCUCCCGUUUGCUCCUGUUGGAGCGACCCUCGCCUGUCCGGGAAUCGCGCAGGGGCAGCCUGGAGCGGGGUCAGAACGAAAAGCGCGACCGCAAGAAUUCCGCUGAACGGGAGCGGAAGCAUCGCGCUUCUGUGGCGGCCGCCGCGCAGGAGUGCAAAAGUCCAGCCAAAAAGGACGAGCGCGCUACGGAAGGAGCCCCCAAGCUGUGCUUGGCUUGGCAGAGGAUGCUUCUGCUGCAGAACAGCAACUUCCCGUCCAAUAUGCAUCUGCUUCAGGGGGACCUCGGUGUCGCCAGCAGUCUCCUCGUGGAGGGAGCGACUGGUGGGAAAGUAGCUCAGCUCAAGAUCACCCAACGUCUUCGUCUGGACCAGCCCAAGCUGGACGAGGUCAAUCGUCGCAUCAAAGUGGCGGGUCCCAACGGCUACGCCAUCCUUUUGGCUGUGCCUGGCGCAUCAGACAACCGCUCCGCAGCCGGAGCUGCCGAGGCCACCACCACCUCCACCCAGAGGCCACUCAGGAAUCUGGUGUCCUAUCUAAAGCAAAAGCAGGCUGCUGGGGUGAUCAGCCUCCCUGUGGGGGGUAACAAAGACAAGGAGAACAGCGGGGUCCUGCACGCCUUUCCGCCCUGCGAUUUCUCCCAGCAAUUCCUGGACUCCACGGCCAAGGCGCUGGCCAAAUCAGAGGAUGACUAUCUGGUCAUGGUCAUUGUCCGUGGGGCGUCCUAAGGCCCUCGUGUUCUCUGUACCCAACCCUGCCUACUCCUCCACACAGCCCCUCCAGCGUGUGCCAGGUGCUAUGGGAUACAGCCUUAGCCAGCCCUGUCAUUAUUUUAAAUUAGAUCUUUGUUUGUAGGUGAUUUUCCCCGCCCGUUUUUCUGUUACUACAUUUUUCUAUAAAGUUAGAAGCCAGAAAGGUCGGUUAGCCGUUAGCGUGAAUAGGGUAUUUUGAGAAUCCCCUAUGGGUGGGGAUAGCAGGGAGGCUAGGCCUGCU